AUGCCUUUCUCAAACAGCUCCGUGUCUGUGGUCAACGGAAAUUCGAAGUUCCUUGACUUCGCCAAGGCCGAGGAGCUUCUGAAGGAGUAUGAAGCCCGUGAUGGCCUCAGCAUUGAUGACCUGAUGGACGCUAAGGCCCAUGGCGGUCUCACGUACAACGACUUCCUGCUGCUUCCUGGCUACAUCGGUUUCCCUGCCUCGGAGGUCGUCCUUGACUCUCCCGUUACCAAGCGGAUCUCGCUGAAGACGCCGUUUGUGUCUUCGCCCAUGGACACUGUCACCGAGCAUGAGAUGGCCAUCCACAUGGCUCUCCAGGGCGGUCUGGGUGUCAUCCACCACAACUGCUCUCCGGACGCACAGGCCGACAUGGUUCGCAAGGUCAAGCGGUACGAGAACGGCUUCAUUGUCGAUCCCGUCGUCAUUAGCCGCGAUACUACUGUCGAGGAGGCAAAGGCCCUGAAGGAGAAGUGGGGGUUUGGUGGCUUCCCUGUGACUGAAACGGGACGCUUGGGCUCCAAGCUGCUGGGCAUUGUCACUAACCGUGACAUCCAGUUUGAGGAUGACUCCAGUCGGUCGGUGUCUCAUGUGAUGGUCACCGAUCUAGUCACCGCCCCGCUGGGUGUGACUCUGGUCGAGGCCAACAAGAUCCUGUCGCAGUCCAAGAAGGGCAAGCUGCCGAUUGUGGACAAGGACGGCAACCUUGUGUCCAUGAUCUCUCGCUCUGACUUGACCAAGAACAUCCACUUCCCGCUUGCUUCUAAGCUUCCGGACUCCAAGCAGCUCAUCUGCUCUGCUGCCAUUGGCACCCGGCCCGAGGACAAGCUCCGUCUGAAGAAGCUGGUCGAUGCCGGCCUGGACAUUGUGAUCCUGGACAGCAGCCAGGGCAACAGCAUGUACCAGAUCGAGAUGAUCAAGUGGAUCAAGCAGGAGUUCCCUAACCUCGACGUCAUUGGCGGAAACGUCGUGACCCGGGAGCAGGCUGCGGCUCUCAUUGCUGCUGGCGUGGAUGGUCUACGUAUUGGCAUGGGCAGUGGCAGUGCUUGCAUCACCCAGGAGGUUAUGGCUGUCGGCCGCCCCCAGGCUACGUCUGUCUACAGCGUCAGCUCGUUUGCUGCCCGCUUCGGUGUGCCCUGCAUUGCCGACGGUGGCAUCCAGAAUGUCGGCCACAUUGUCAAGGGUCUGUCUCUUGGCGCAUCGACCGUCAUGAUGGGUGGUCUUCUUGCCGGCACCACCGAGUCUCCCGGUACCUCCUUUGUCUCCCGCGAGGGCAAGCUCGUCAAGGCCUACCGCGGCAUGGGCAGCAUAGAUGCGAUGCAGGACAAGAAGGCCGGUGGUGGUGGCAAGGACAGCCAGAAGAGCAAUGCUGGCACUGCUCGCUACUUCUCGGAGGGCGACAGCGUGCUGGUUGCGCAGGGCGUGUCUGGUGCUGUUGCACACAGAGGGUCGAUUAACAAGUUUCUGCCCUACCUGGCUGCCGGCCUGAAGCACUCGAUGCAGGACUGCGGCAUCCAGAGCCUCCAGAAGCUCCACGAUGGUGUGGCCAACGGCACUGUUCGCUUCGAGAUUCGCACGGCUAGCGCCCAACUGGAAGGCAACGUCAACAUGGAGUCGUACGAGAAGAAGCUGUAUGCAUGA